ACUCUGUAUUUUCCGAGCGGUCCCUGAAGGCAUCAUUUUGCCCGCAUCAACCUGCCCAGUUGCAGUUCAGCCUCGUCCGUUUGUCUGCCGCACAGGUGUGUGUGUAUGUGUGUGUGUAUGUGUGUGUCCACUCGUCCUUUUGUGUCUAAAGCAGAAACCUCCAGAUGGAAAACCAAACGGCGUGUGACUGGAAUAUUACCCCGGACUAAUAAAGCAGACUGGUCUCCUGGUGGACUCUGUGAGGGGGGGCCACAGAAAGACCAGCUAACGGUCGCAGUGUUCUCCCAGUGUUAGCCGCAGUAGCUCGACAGGUGCAUCAGAGACGUGAAGCCUCAUCGUGUUUGUGGGAUAGAAACAGCUUUUACACCUCCCAGGAUUAAGCGUUUCAGCCUUUUAGAACAAGAUACUCUCUCAAGCCUCCAGAGCACAAAGUUCUACAUCAGGAAAACUACAGUCACUCAUCUUCCUCUCUUACUUCCCCAAUUUCUGCCUCUUAUAUCUCAACCUCCUCCAUCUCCGUCUUCUGCCUCUCUCCAUCCUCCUCUCCUCCGACCUCGCAGUCUGAAUCCUGACAUGGCCUCGGCUCCUUCAGAUCAGUCCCGGGUCCUGCAGGAGGAGCUCACCUGCCCCGUGUGCCUGGACUUGUAUCGGGACCCCUACUUGCUCCCUUGCGGCCACAACUUUUGUAAAACCUGCCUGGACCGCCUAAAGCGGCAAGCGGAGCGGGGUCGCCUCCGCUGCCCGGAGUGCCGCGACAGCCACCGGUGCGGCACCAGCUUUCAAAAGAACUUCAAACUCGCCAACAUCGCUGAUGAUUACCGCCACCGGCGCAGAGCAACCACUUCAGCCGCCACAGCUUUAAAAUCCAGAGAACUGCUCACGUCUUCCGCGGCGGCACUACACGGCAGGAGUUUUUCCGCUGUCCCCUGCGACUACUGCCCCUCGGCGGGAGCUGAGGCAUCAGGAACCAGCGCCGUAGCAGACGGGUCCUCUGCUGCGUCUACCUCUCAGGGAGCAGGUGACAAGCAGGAAAAUGAUGUUGCUGCUGCUGCUGCUGCCACCACCGCCGCCGCUGCUGCCACUACCACUACCACUGCAACGUCCAUGUUUGCAGUCAAGACCUGCCUGAAGUGUGAAGUGUCCAUGUGCCAGGAGCACGUGAAACCACAUCUGGAGCUGCCAGCUUUUCGAGAGCAUCCCCUGACUGAACCGAUGAGUGACUUCUGGAAGAGGAAGUGCCCAGAUCACGAUGAGAUUUACAGGUAUUACUGCAUGGACGACAAGAUGUGUGUGUGCAACGCCUGCACCAUAGAAGGAGGUCACCUGGGACACACCAUCAAAACCCUGAAGAACACCAUGAAAGACCUCAAGCAGGGCACACUGGAUAAACAGCUGUACAGAGUGGAGAGGAAGUACAGCAUGGCUGAGAGAAAGCUGCAGGAGCAGAAGGAGAAGGAGAGGCAGAACAGGAAGUUCAUGGAGGACUCGGAGCAGGGUCUGAACAAGCUCGGAGACGAGCUGAAGACCAAAGUGCACCGCUUCAUCGGCAGGAUGCGGGAGUGCACGCGCACUCACUGCGACACCAACGGGCCGGCCAUUCAGAAGAACAUCUCCAGGAUCUGUCAGGACAAGGCCCGUCUGCAGGAGGUCCGCUGUGGCAUCGAGAGCCUCAUGCAGGAGAACGACCCGUUCCGCUUCAUUGAGGCUUACAAAACUACGGGGAAACAGUGCCGCAGGCAGCUGAGAAAAAACAUGUUCUACCCGGAGUAUGUAGAUAUGGAGACUGAGGUUCUUGGAGUGAUGAUGGAAGAAGAAAUGAGGAAGUUCCUGGGCGAGGAGCUCCCGUGUCACAUCGUGGCGGCCAUCAGCACCCUGUGUCACCUUUCAGAUCUCGAAGAGGAGGAGGAAGAGCAGGAGGAGAACGAGGAAGAGGCGGUGGAGGAGGACGAUGACGACGACGACGACGACCUGGACGACAGCAGCGUGGAGGAGAUGAGGAGCGAGGGGGAGGAGGAAGACGAGGAGGACGACGAGGACGAGGGACAGGACCGGAGCGAGCUGGCCGACGAUCUUUACAGCCCGGGAGAGGAGGACGAGGAAGAGGAGGAGGAGGAGGACGACGACGAAGACGAUGAGGAUAGAGAAGACGAGGACGAGGAGGAGCGAGGGGUUUAGCAGAGGGAUUGAUUUGUAAACAUUUUAACUUAUUAAGGCACUUUGGAUUCGAUCCGUGUAACAGAUGUUACUCAUGUUGCACCCAUCUUCUCUUUGAAUGUCCCUGUACAGUUACAGACUCGAGCAGCUACCACGUUUUGCCUCAAACCCCUCCUACGAUAUUCAGACGCCACACUGGAAGACGACUUCAGUUCAGCUGGACUUUAACCGCACAUGUGAACCUUGUGCUUAACCUGUGUCGCAUACUGCUAAAACCUCAUCAAGGUGCUUUACAUACGAAGACGUUUGCUGUUCAACGUGAAUGUAUAUCGACUGAAUGUGGCCGGAAGGACUCGAACACUUACGACCGAUCUCGGCGAAAACCUCUGCAUGCCUGUUAUGCCCGAUUUUCUACCACUUUGCUAAAUAUUUUACUAAAUGAGCAAUUUCCCUAAAAAUCUAUUUACAAAUUUGAGCAAAUUUUUAGACGUUUACCUGAAAUUUUAAUACCACAGGUGCUAAGCGGAGAACGCUUUCAAAAGCUUCUAAAGUCAAAAUGUUCAACCAAUCACACGAGACAAAACAAAUCCCUUGAGCUCGCUAGUUUUCAUCACCAUAGAAAGCCUUUUCAAGAGAUCAAUAUUCUUAUCGCCAACAUAUUUAAAUCAAUCAGGCAAUCAGAAUGGAUUGGCCUGUUUUGUUUUCUUUCAUGCUAAAUUUAACAUUGCAAGCCAAAGAGUAAGGAUGUGUGCGUGCAUGGAUCAUUUAAAAGUUUUGUUUGCUCGGCAUGAUGCUAGAAAAAAGAAAUGUGAACCGUUUCCAUUAAUAGACUUUGCUUUGCUGUAGUUAACACACUAUUUAAAAAGAAGUGUUGAAUAUUUCCUAUGCACAGUUCAUACGUUAUUCCCAAAAUAUCAGUUUCAGGUGGCGGGACAUUUUGCACUUUACUACGAUAAAAAAAAAUGCUAUGUAAGGCCUGAUUAUAUUUGAAUGUUGAAAGUUGAUUUUUAUUUUGAUACAAGUGACUUUGUGAGGGGCCAAACUGAAAAAAUACACAAUAAUAAAGCCUAAUAAAUGCAGA